AAUUAAAAAUUAAAUAUGGAAAAAAUUUAAUGAUAAUUUAAACGAUUAAAUGAGUAAAUUUAUAGAGCGAGAUUGUAUAAAAACUUCCUCACUUAAAAUUUUCAUCUAAAAAAUGAUCUUGAAUCAUUCAAUUAAUUGUAAACUGCCCGGAAAAUAUUUUCGGUGAUAAUUCUUCUUCAUAUCGAAUGAAUUUUAAUAAGUGUGUCAUGAUGCAGCCGAUGUAAAAGUACCGCACAAGACUGGUGUGCCGCAGUUGAGCGCAGGGAGUGGAUCGAAACGCUUUUAAGAGUACACGUCAGUGAAGCCGUGAAACAUACAUCGCGAACAUGUGGCCUUUCAGCAGCAUAUGCACCAGCAAAGCGCGUCUCGUGGGUAAAACGGUGGUUAUAACGGGUGCUAAUAGCGGAAUUGGCAAGGAAACCGCUAGGGAUUUUUACAGAAGAGGUGCGAGAGUAAUUCUCGCCUGCCGCGAUAUUCAGAAAGCAGAGAACGCAGUCGAAGACGUGAAGAAAAAUCCACCAUCGAGGCCAGACAGAGAACAGUUCCAAGGUGAUCCAGGUGAGCUCGUGAUUUACCCGCUAAAUUUAUGCAGCCUUAAGAGCGUGAGAGAGUGCGCCAAAAGUCUGUUGGCAAAAGAACCAGCCAUUCACCUGCUCGUCAACAAUGCCGGCGUGAUGCUUUGUCCGUUCGAGAAAACGGAGGACAAUUUCGAGUUGCACCUGCAAACGAAUCAUCUCGGCCAUUUCCUUCUGACGCUCCUGCUACUGCCGAAGAUAAUAUCCUCGGGAUCCGGUUGCAGGAUAUUGAAUGUAUCGUCGAUACUUCAUCUUCGUGGCACCAUAAACUUCGACGACAUAAAUCUGGAGAAAUCGUACACUCCUUUAAAAGCUUACAAUCAGAGCAAAUUGGCGAACGUGUUGUUUACCAAGGCCCUCGCUCGUCGGCUGAAAGAGGCAAAUAUCAACGGGAUAAACGUAUAUUCCUUACAUCCCGGCGUUAUAUGGACGGAACUGACUCGAAAUCUAGAUAAAACAAUAUUUCGGGGCGCAAGAUUCAUAUCUUAUUUGCUUCUUCGACCGUUUAUGAAGAAUCCAGAACAGGGUGCGCAAACAACGAUUUAUUGUGCGGUAGAUGAAAAAGCGGCUGAUGAGACUGGCUUCUAUUACGCGGAAUGCAGCGUUGCUAAUAUGCAUCAAAUAGCGAAUGAUGACCGAGUCGUUAAGCAACUAUGGGAUCAAAGUUGUCGUCUUCUGCAUUUGGAACCCGAAGAGGAUUUUCACGAGUUUUUGAAAACCGUAUCACGGCAAAUCGCCGAAAAUAUGGGUAUAUCUCAUGCAACUUGUACCAGCAAAAUACGACUUGAGGGCAAAACUGCAGUUAUAACUGGAGCAAAUAGCGGUAUUGGCCAGGAGACCGCCAGAGAUUUUUACAGAAGAGGCGCAAGGGUGAUACUGGCUUGUCGAAAUAUGGAAAGUGCAAAGAAAGCAGUCGAAAACAUAAAAAAUAAUCCACCCUCAGGAAUCGAGAAGAGCGAGUACCAAAAAGGAGCAGGUGAGCUUGAAAUUUACGUUCUAGAUCUGUGCAGUCUCAGGAGCGUCAAGGAUUGCGCCAAACGUUUGCUUAAGGAGGAAACGGCUAUUCACAUACUCGUGAACAAUGCCGGUAUAAUGAUGUCCCCGUAUGCAUUAACGGAGGACGGCUUUGAGGCACAACUACAAACGAAUUACCUCAGUCACUUUCUCUUAACGCUCUUGCUAUUACCGAAAAUACGAUCGUCCGCUCCUGGUUGCAGGAUAGUGAACCUGUCGUCGGUCGCAAACUUUUUUGGGAAUAUACAUUUUAAUGACAUAAACCUCACGAAUUCAUGUUUUCCCCUCAAACGUUACGGUCAAAGUAAAACAGCAAACAUAUUGUUUACCAGAGAACUCGCUUGUCGAUUGAGAGAGGCGAAAAUCAAUGGAAUAAAUGUGUAUUCUUUGCAUCCUGGUGUUAUAAGAACACAAUUGAGCCGAAAUUUCAAUCGCACGAUUAUCCCAGGUGCGGAGUUUUUCUUCCAAUAUAUUAUGCGACCGUUCAUCAAAAACGUAGAAGAAGGAGCACAAACAACGAUAUAUUGCUCAGUGGACGAAAAUGCCGCUGAUGAAACCGGUCUUUAUUACAAGGAAUGCCGUCCUGUCACAACAUUGAGGAAAAGAAGUGAUAAAAUGGCCAAGGAUCUUUGGGAUUACACCUGCGAGCUUCUGCACUUGGAGCCCGAUGAAAACUUUGACGUAUUUUUGGAAAACGUCUCGUGUCAAAUUGCCAAAUAACUUUGAAUAAUACUUCUAGCGUCAUGAACCGGAAAAUAAAUUAUGAUUUAUUUUACUAAAUUUGGAAUUUGUAAUGAUACGCGAGUCUACAUGGAAGAAUAAUUGAAUAUAUUUAAAGAGCUUGCGAAUGUUAACUGAAUAAAGGCGAAUAGAAAGA